AUGACCACGUUUGGCUUCGUGCUCGCCAACGUGCUCGCCAACGUGCUCGCCAACGUACUCGGCUUCGUGCUCGCCAACGUGCUCGCCAACGUGCUCGCCAACGUGCUCGCCAACGUGCUCGCCAACGUGCUCGCCAACGUGCUCGCCUUCGUGCUCGCCAACGUGCUCGCCAACGUGCUCGCCUUCGUGCUCGCCUUCGUGCUCGCCAACGUGCUCGCCAACGUGCUCUCCUUUGUGCUCGCCAACGUGCUCUCCUUCGUGCUCGCCUUCGUGCUCGCCAACGUGCUCGCCUUCGUGCUCGCCAACGUGCUCGCCAACGUGCUCGCCAACGUGCUCUCCUUCGUGCUCGCCUUCGUGCUCGCCAACGUGCUCGCCAACGUGCUCGCCUUCGUGCUCGCCUUCGUGCUCGCCUUCGUGCUCUCCUUUGUGCUCGCCUUCGUGCUCUCCUUUGUGCUCGCCAACGUGCUCGCCAACAUGCUCGCCUUCGUGCUCUCCUUCGUGCUCGCCUUCGUGCUCUCCUUCGUGCUCGCCUUCGUGCUCUCCUUCGUGCUCGCCAAUGUGCUCGCCAACGUGCUCGCCUUCGUGCUCUCCUUCGUGCUCGCCUUCGUGCUCGCCAAUGUGCUCGCCAAUGUGCUCGCCAACUUCAAGUGCUGCGGAUGGAAUAACUACUCGGACUGGUCCUGGAACCUCUACUUUAAUUGCUCGAGUGAAAACCCGAGCUCGGAGCGAUGUGCCGUGCCUUACUCCUGCUGCACACCUGUACCUGGGGAGGCUGUGGUCAACACCAUGUGCGGCUUCGGGGUCCAGACCCAAAAGUUCGUGGAGGCCAAUAAAUCCAUUUACCCGGUGGGCUGCGCGGACCGGGCCGUGCUGUGGAUGGAGACCCACCUGCUGCUGGUGGGAGCCCUCGCCCUGGGCCUGGCUCUGCCCCAGUCCGGUGCUCACCCGAAAAUCAAGAAGGAGGUGAUGGACAGUGACUUUGAGACCCAGUCCCGGAGGCACGAUAUGGAACAAAGUCGACGUUCUGAGCACUCUGCUCAUAUAAGACGGGUAGCCGCGGAGAUGGCAGCGGAGGCGGGUUUCAGCGGUGGGAGCGCCAGAGGACAAGCCCCGCCCGCCAUGAUUGACAGGUCACCAAAUUCAGACGAAAAUGGAGGCAGGGAACGACUGCAAGUUAAGACUCCGAAAUAUUCAGGGAAAGCAGACUGGGAGGCCUUCUAUGCCCAAUUUGAACUGUUGGCUGGGGCAGCUGGCUGGUCUGUAAAAGUAAAAGCACUCCAGCUGGCUCUGUGCCUUACUGAUGAUGCCCUGUCAUGCUUAUUGCUGUUAAGCCCAGCUGAGAGAGAUGAUUAUGGGGCUUUGGUUGGGGCCCUCCGGAGGCGUUUUGGACAAUGUAGCCAACCCGAUGUCCUGCGCUCAGAGCUGGCUAGCCGACAGAGGUUGACAGGCGAGCCACUCAGGGGGUUGGCUAACGAUAUUGAGACCCUGACAAGACGAGCUUACGCCCAUAUGCCCCCUGAAGUACAGAGUGAGCUGGCCAGGGACCAGUUCAUUCGUGCCCUGGCUCCCAGAGAACUUCGCGCACAGACACAGCUGGCACAUCCUAGAUCCCUGCAGGAGGCACUGGAGCUCGCCCUAGAGAGAGAGGCCGUAGGUUCAGCGUCUGAGAGUGGCCCCAUUGUGAGGACAGCAGUGCGGGAGGACCCAGGUCAGGAGAGGCCUGCCUGGGUUGCUGAGCUGACAGAACUGAUCCGAGCUGUGACGUUACAACCACAACGCGGCGGUGCCCGCCCGCGCCGUGGCCCUCCAGUGUGCUGGACGUGUGGCCAGGCAGGCCAUAUCAGUGUGCGGUGCCCCCAGAACUCGGGCGGUCAGGGAAACGCUCCGGGGUCUGUGUAA